UGCAGUAUUAAGCUCUCCAUAUCCCCUUGACCCCUUUCAUUAGUUUUUACCGUCCUUCUUGAUCGGGAUCUUUGGUGGCCCCUUCUCAGCUCGCUUUUCUUAAUUCCUUAAGCUACCCUCUUUUUCUUGCCGUCUCUCUCUCUUUCUCUCCCUCUUUCUGUCUCUCCCUCUUCCUGUCUCUCUAUUCUCUGCUCUCUGCUCUUUGCUCUGCUGCAAUUUCUGCUUUCAAAAAGCCAGAGGCGAUCAUAUCAAGACUGGAAAUGUGCCUAUUCUUGAAGAGUACCUCGCAGCCGUCUUGGCAGUCUCUGCUUUGCCUCCUCACAGUUUAUUCAAGGAACCGGUGCAUGCUUUCCGGAUUAUUUACUGUUUCAAUAUACCCAACGCUGACAUGGAUCCAAUUGCAACUGACCAGCUCGACAACAAUACUCUCGGCACGGGCAACCAAGCAGUAUUCAUAGCAAAGGUUCUCGCUAUCACUGCAGCUUCCAUACUUCUAUUGGCGGUCAUCUGUUGUAUCUAUUCCGGAGCUGCAAGAAGACAAGCACGCCUUGAGCACGCAGCCCUACAGGGUCGAUCCUCUGUAGGCAAUGAAAAUGAGGCACAUGAAGCGGGAAGACGCACUCCAGACGCAGCUCCGGCCUAUUCCACCACAUCGCCCCUAGGCCCUCUAAGUCCAGAGAUUGUUAAUGCCAUUAGUAGCGCCUCGGUCGAGCGCAGACAAAGCAUUGUAACAUCCAUAUUGUCCUCCUCGCGGUCACAGCGAUAUAGAUUAGAUACUUCGUCCAUGGACCUCAGAGUUGGCACUGCUCAAUCUUCCAUGAUCUCCUCGAUCGAGGAAGUGCCUCCGAUACACUCUCUUGGCACCUCGCCGCGCUCAUCCCUAAACAGCGACUGGCCCUACGAAGACAUUGCAGGACAGGGACGCGUUCGCGGGAUCGAUGAACCGCUCUGGGUCACUCGAGAGUCGCACGAUAUAGAGGCGGACUCGAUAGCGCACAUGCACCAGGCGCCGCCUUCGUACGACCCUUCAUGGUGGACAGCAUGGCAUGCACAUCAUCACCACACAAUCCAAAACCGAUAUCGACCGCCUUUGGGACAGGAAGCAGGACAGCCUCUAAGCAGGAGUCAGCAGCUUGUAUUGACUGCAUCUCAUCGACGUACCGAAUCUCUUAGUAGCCCUUUGGGAGGAAACCCUCUACAGCUCUCUCUGGCAUAUCGUCGAGGACUGCUCAGGCGUGCAGCAUGGCCUGCUUCUGGUCGAUCUCUCUCUUGGACAGGAGAACCCAUUGCACACAGCUACACCCCCACUAGGAUGUCCUUUCAUACAUCCUCUGAUAACUCUAAUCAGCUUGAGGCAGUUUCCAGUCAUUCAGUGGAAGAUUCAUAGCCUAAAGCCGCCACAAUCCAUCUCGAG